AUGGAAGCCUUUUAUUUACAACCGCAACCCACAGUUUGGAAUGGAAAUACUUCUGGCAGUACUUCUCUCGAAAAAAAAAAUCAAAUAACCACCAUUAGUGUUUUUGUUUAUUUAUUUUCAGCCUGCUUUGUGAUUCUUACUGUGUCUGGAAAUCUGAUAGUCAUUAUUUCUAUUUCUCAUUUUAAACAACUCCAUACUCCAAGUAACGUUUUGGUGCUGUCUCUUGCUGUUGCGGAUUUCUUCAUAGGGAUCUUUUCAUUCCCUUUUCUAGCAAUCAAGACCAUUGAAAAUUGCUGGAAUUUUGGUGAUAUCUUUUGCUUUGUGUAUAAUUUGAUUGGGCUUUCACUGACUUCAGUAUCUAUUAGCAAUUUGGUUUUUAUUGCGGUUGAUCGUUACUUUGCUGUUUGCGAUCCUUUACUGUAUUCAACUAAAAUAACUGUUUAUGUUGCUUCUGUUUUCACAGCUAUUAGCUGGCUCUUCUCUUUGUUGUACACAUUAAUAAUUUUAAAUUUGAAUGAAAUCGGCACCCUAGGAGGAGAUGAGGGUUGUCGAAAUGACUGCUUUGUUAUAUUCAGUGCUAAUUUUGUAAUAAUUGAUUUGUUAGUCACAUUUAUUAUGCCUUAUUCUCUGAUGAUUUCUCUGUAUUUAAAUAUUUUCAUAGUAGCAAGAAGACAUGCAAGAGCGAUCAGGUCAAUGGAGCAAAAUCAAAACUGCAUGGUAGGAAUUAAAAAAAAUAUUUCUACAAAAUCAGAAAGAAAAGCAGCUAAAACAUUAGGAAUUGUAAUGGCUGUUUUUGUCUUUUGCUGGGUACCGUAUUAUAUCUGCUACCUCAUAGACUCAUUUCUAAACAUUUCUGCGCCUGCUGUAGUAAAGAAUGUUCUUGUAUGGCUGGCUUAUUUUAAUUCUAGCUUGAACCCUGUUAUUUAUGCAUUCUUUUAUCCCUGGUUCCAAAAAUCUUUAAAGCUUAUUGUUACAUGUGAGAUAUUUGCUCCCGCCUCUUCUCUGAUAAAUUUGUUUGUAGACUCUUAAUAAAAAUGUCUGAAUAUUUC